AUGGCUCAAAGACAAGAAUACUUCUUCGCAACCGAGAUCCUCCGCCUGGGUCUGUACCCCGAGGACGCGGACAACCCCCCCAACGCGAAUAUAAGUAACACCGCAGCCACCCCAGCAAUCGCACGACCACAAACACAACCACCAGCACACACACUCCCACCGCUCUCCGAAGAAGAUAGAGCCGAAGUCUCCCGCCUGCUCGACACAUACUUCGCCGUGAUGCUCCCCGUCCCACACCAGAACUUCGCGCAACGAAUGGCCGCCCUCCGCAUAGACGUGCACAAGCGCGCCCGCCUGCGCCACGCAACAGCCGUGCAAGAGAUCCACCAGUUCUUCCUGGAGCUCCGGCCCAUACUCGGCGUUGAGCAUAUCUGGUAUCCGAACGGGAUAUUCGGGAGCUUGGACCGGGACGGGAACCCGACGACCUACACUUACACUCCGAUGGUGAAUGACCCGAUGGAGAUUGACCCGCAACCAUAUGAUGGCGACGAUAUCGAGUAUCGGUCUGGGAGUGAGGAUGAUGAGGAUGGCUAUGGUGAGCUCCGACGUGAGUCUAUACUUGAGCGGCGUAGGAGGCUAAGAGCUGAAGCUGGGGGGAAGAGGGUGCUUAGACGGCCGGUUGAGGGCGAUUGUACGAUCUGCUUUGCGCCGUUGAUGGAUGAGCAGGAUGUUGUGUCGGUGGAGAAUUGUGAGCGCAAAUUGGGCAGUCUGGCUGUUUCUGGGAACAGUCACCAGGCAGACGGUCGCGGCCAUGAUAGUGAUUCUGAUGGUGCUAAUGACGAAGAUGAUGAGGAUGACGAGGACGACGAGGAUGAGGACGAAUACGGUGAUACCGAUGAGGACGAAUACGACGACGAUGACGAAGAGUAUCGCGGAAUAGUCUGGUGUAGAGCUUUUUGCGGAACCAACUACCACUCUCACUGCUUCUACCAGUGGGUUCCGCAAUUCAAGAGGCUGCGAGAUGUCACUUGCCCUUCAUGCCGGCGAGGUUGGGCAUAG